CGUGCAAGAUGGUGGUAGUUCCUUUCCGGUUUAUCGUUAAACGUGCAAGUGUAACGUGUUGCACGAUACAAUGAAAGCUAAGGGUGAACUUAAAGAAUUCGAGGUAAUAGGGCGCAAGCUCCCCACCGAGAAGGAGAAGACCACGCCGCUGUACAAAAUGAGGAUAUUCGCGCCGGAUGCUAUCGUAGCAAAGUCCAGGUUUUGGUACUUCUUGCGUCAGUUAAAGAAGUUUAAGAAGUCCACCGGAGAGAUCGUGUCUCUUAAGCAGAUUCCUGAGAAAACUCCAAUGAAAAUCAAGAACUUUGGAAUAUGGCUGAGGUACGAUUCUCGAUCUGGUACACACAACAUGUAUAGGGAGUAUAGAGACCUCUCUGUCAGUGGGGCGGUAACGCAAUGCUAUAGGGACAUGGGUGCCCGUCAUCGUGCACGCGCCCACUCCAUACAGAUCAUCAAGGUAGAGGUUGUGAAGGCUGCGAAUUGCCGCAGGCCCCAAGUGAAGCAGUUCCACGACUCCAAGAUCAAGUUCCCGUUGCCCAAGCGAAUUCAGCACAGAAAUCGUAUGCCGCUGUUUAGCGUCCGGAAGCCACGCACCUAUUUCCUUUAAACGACACGAUGUUUUUGUACUGCAACGCUAUACUACUCUGCAGAAAAUAAAGGAACUUUCAACAUAA